CCAUUCUGCUCCGCUUCCCUUCUGCUUGAUUGUACAUUCCAAACCGUCAACAACAAAGCACCUCUUGUUCUGGAGAACACAUUCUAGGACAGGGAACAAGCAAUGAGCUUUCCCCAGAUAGGUCUUGGAGAUGUCAUGACAGCCGUUACUACUGUCUGGACCAUCUACAAAAAUGUCAAAGAAGGACCCGCAAGUGCUUCUGCCGACUUUAACUCAUUUCGGCAAGAAUUCGGGGCCAUAAAAGGGUUAUUGGAGCAGAUUCAAAAGACAAAGCAGCCGACCAUCAAGGGCGAACGAGAUUUGGGGGCCUUCUACAACCAGACGAUUGACGAAUGCGCAGGGUUCGUACAUAAGCAUCGGCAAUUGACGCAGGGUGAAAAUGCCUUGAAGGGUCGGCGUAGCAGCUUCGGCACCAAAGCAACCAUCCUAUUCGAGAAGGUUACCUGGCCACUAGAGCGUGACGAAGCGGAAAGGCUCCGACGAAAGCUCGAGAGAUGUCUGAAAAUUGCGACUUUGAAAUCAAGUCAGGAAACGCGAGAUGCGACGUUCGGGUUCAUGAAGGCAACGGAGAAUAAUCAAUUGGAGAAUCUCGAGAUGCUGAAGUCCAUCAAAACCAUGACAUCACAGAUUUCUUUACUUUUGAAGCGAUGCAUGCUCGACAGUUCGAUGGAGACCAAUGCCUUUGACGCUCAUGACCCGAAUCACCGUAGGAACAGACUGAGGCGAGCUCUGCUGGAGUCGGAGCAUAUGCUGAGUGCGAUACCCGAGAACGACGACGUGCUCAUCCAGGUGGAUAGUCAAAAGUAUCAAAGGGUUCUAGAUCGCAUCCGGGACAUAUCUGAGCGACUAGGCAAUCUCACUAGGAGGCUCGACACUUACGACACCCAUGGUCUCGCACAACGGUCCCGAUCUGGUGGGCUUCCGCAUACGGUCAAUAGUGACGAUAGCAAUGCACUCGAUGUCGCAGCUAUAUCGCGCUUCCUUCAUCAAGUGAGCGACGAUGUGCGCGAUGCUUUGGGGAUGGUGGGAUACGGACACGAUCUUGUGCCCAAUCAUGAUCUUUAUCAAAAAGAUCAAGUCUCACCAAAAUCACGCCACACCAUCAACGACACGGCCGAGGAAUGGGAACAGUUCCGACAAUGGCUUGACUUUCAACUCGUUCACGCCUUCAAUACGGACGCUCAUGAUUUGGGGCUUCACUCGCCAGGACUGUCUCACCCAUUAAGUCCGAAGAAGUCGCCUUCUCCGGAUGACCGCACAUCAGGACCUAUAUCUCGUCAGAGGUCCACAGAGUCUGAUCUGACCAUUGGGUCUCCUCAGUCGGUGGUUUCUAUGCUGAUACCCGACAGAAGGAUUUCAUUGACAAGCCAUCCGGUGCGACUAGAAUUUCUUGACCCAAACGUCCCAAACCGUGCGCUACACCGUCCCCUCAUGUGUAACGUCGUUGCUUGCUUCAACACACAAACAAACGAGCCUGAGGCGAUCGAAGCAGUUGAUGUCCAAGACGGAGUCAGGGUCACUCAGACAGUCAUCCGCGGAUCAUCCACGGUCAAGAGUUCCAUGAUCCCUUACGUUCCCAGCCAACGAGUCACUACAGCCCAGAUCGGAGUCUGGUUUCAAGGCUCGCACAAGACAAAGAUCGAAGACCACCAUACAACCACGCGGUACCACAUCUCCCCAAUGUAUCAACUCCAGGACAUGAGUGACUUUGAGUCCUUUCAAGAAGUUCUCCUCCGCCGGAAGGUCAUUGCCUGUAUCGACGUGCGAAAGAUAUCCAUCAAUGCGACAGACUGCCACUCCAACUCGGCAGAAGCAAUCCGGAUACUUGAAGAUCCAAUUUCAAAGGGCCUGUCGCUGCUGUACUUCGCUUCUUUUCCGGGCACUUCCCGGCGAGCGAGGUUCAUGGACAUACCCAUGAGCGAUCUUGGAGCGCCUGUCGCCAAGUCGAAGCAGGUCAAAUUCGCAUUUCAAGGCAUCUCGCGGCGCGGCUCCAUGGACAGCGCGACCAGUGUCCUCUCGCACGAGUCUAAGCAUUCGGCCUCCACGUUAGGGUCCGCUCAACGCACCAAAUGUCUCGAGCUGGAAUUCUUUAAUGAGAAAGACUGUGGCGCAUUUCUCCGGGUGAUCAAAGGCACCGAAGCUGGUUGAGGUCGGGUGGGAGCAGCCCGUGAGCAAGAACGACCAACCACGUUAGAUUGUAGGGUCCUCAAAUAUACAACUGGAUUCCGAUGCAAUCAUCGGAGCUCAGAGCCAGCCCGCCCACACGAGGCCACGCUCUCUCUUCUGUGGAAUGAACGAGUCAAACAGCCCCAUAUUUCCCCUCAAAUUCGAGGGAUCGGAGUGAAACAAGCUUUCGGAAGUUGGGGAGUCGAUGAGGGGAAAUCCCCCGCCCCAUCGGAUGCGCCCUUCUCUUGCCGUUGUUGACCGCUUCCGAAAGGACGGCAAACAGAUCAAACAGGGCAAACGGGACAAAUGUCGGAUAGCGCCCGGCAGUUGAAUGCGGGGAAGCCAAUGAGUGAGAGGAAGAGGAAUUGAGACAGCAUCAGGUGGCUUGAUGUUGUCUGGGG